ACGUUGCGCAACCGUCACCAUGGUCUGAUUCCAGAAUUUUCUCAUUCCGUAAAAAGCCCAUUUGCGGUCCCUCUCCGUCUCCACCCCCAAGCCCCUGGCAGCCGCUCCUGUCUGUCCUGGCCAUCCGCAUAGAUGCAAUCUGCUGUCCGCAUCCUUUGUGGCUGGUUUCUUCCUCUGGCGUUUAUGCUGCGAAGGGCACUGCCGUGAGUGUUCGUGGGCUGGUCUGCGUGUGGACACGUGCUUUAUGUCUCGUGGGUGUAUGCCUAGGAGCGGAGUCGCCGGUCACAAGGGACCCAGACAUGGAGCUUCGGGAAGAGGCCUGGUCUCCGGGGCCGCUGGAUUCCGAGGACCAGCAGAUGGCCAGUCAUGAGAACCCAGUGGACAUCCUCAUCAUGGAUGAUGACGACGUCCCCAGCUGGCCCCCCACCAAGCUGUCCCCGCCCCAGUCGGCGCCCCCCGCCGGCCCCCCGCCCCGGCCGCGGCCCCCGGCCCCCUAUAUCUGCAACGAGUGCGGCAAGAGCUUCAGCCACUGGUCCAAGCUGACGAGGCACCAGCGCACGCACACGGGCGAGCGGCCCAACGCCUGCGCCGACUGCGGCAAGACCUUCUCGCAGAGCUCACACCUGGUGCAGCACCGGCGCAUCCACACGGGCGAGAAGCCGUACGCCUGCUCCGAGUGCGGCAAGCGCUUCAGCUGGAGCUCCAACCUCAUGCAGCACCAGCGCAUCCACACGGGCGAGAAGCCCUACGCCUGCCCCGACUGCGGCCGUAGCUUCACGCAGAGCAAGAGCCUGGCCAAGCACCGGCGCUCGCACAGCGGCCUCAAGCCCUUCGUGUGCCCGCGCUGCGGCCGCGGCUUCAGCCAGCCCAAGAGCCUGGCGCGCCACCUGCGGCUGCACCCGGAGCUGUCGGGGCCCGGCGUGGCGGCCAAGGUGCUGGCGGCCAGCGUGCGCCGGGCCAAGGCGCCCGAGGAGGCGGCGGCGGCGGACGGCGAGAUCGCCAUCCCCGUGGGCGACGGCGAGGGCAUCAUCGUGGUGGGCGCGCCCGGCGAGGGGGCCGCGGCGGCCGCCGCCAUGGCGAGCGCGGGGGCCAAGGCGCCGGGGCCCCGCUCGCGGCGCGCCCCGGCCCCCAAGCCGUACGUGUGCGUGGAGUGCGGGAAGGGCUUCGGGCACGGGGCGGGGCUCCUGGCCCACCAGCGCGCCCAGCACGGGGACGGGCUCGGGGCGGCGGGGGGCGAGGAGCCCGCGCACAUCUGCGUGGAGUGCGGCGAGGGCUUCGUGCAGGGCGCGGCGCUGCGGAGACACAAGAAGGUGCACGCCGUGGGCGCGCCGUCCGUCUGCAGCCGCUGCGGACAGAGCUACUACCGGGCGGGCGGUGACGACGACGACGACGACGACCACGAGGCGGCGGGGGGGCGCUGCAGCGAGUGCCGCGGCGGGGAGGGCCGGUAGGGGCGGAGGCCCGGGGGGGGGGGGGCAGGGCCCCUCGGGCUUGGCGGGGACGACGGUCGGAGCAGGACCCGGAGGAGGCGGAGACAUGGACUGAGGCGGCGGGGGGCGGUGGCCUCCUCGUCUCGCUCCCCUGCGCCGCCCCGCGGUCGGCGCGGUGCAACGGGCGCCCCCGCCCUGCGCUCUGCCCCCGGCCUGGCCCGCCCUCCCGGUUCUCUUCUCGGUGAGUCCGGGACCGACCGUGCGGAGAACUGGAGACCGGAGACCGAGAGAGAGCGGCCCCUGGCCCCUCUUCCUCUUCCCCCGCCGCCUGGGGCGCUCGCGAGGGAUGGAGAGCAGCCGGGCCCCUCCCGUGCAGGCGAGCCUGGGGAGGGAAGGGAGAGAGGGCCCUUUUCCCUUUAGAGUUUUCGUUUAAUCGUGCCCGCCCCCUGACUCCCCCCUCCCGUUGUUUUUUUCUCUUCUUCCCCGCGGGUCCUGUUUUUCUUGGCCCUCGUCCCUCCUCCCCUUCCUGGGUUUGGGGUCGUGGAGGAGCGCUGGAGCAGGACUAGCCCCUGUUCCCAGGGUAGCCCUCAGAGAAUGGGGCCCCGUCUAUUCCCGGGCCUGGACGGGGCUGAAGGAGGGGUGCGGGGGCAAUAAAUCGCACUAUCUGAUUGUC